GGGGGUUGUAGCGGGGUGGGAUCCGCGCUCCAGGGUGGGUGGGGGUCCGCUACCCACUGCGGCGGGCACGGCCCAGCGGGGCAGCAUCGUCCCCCCCUCAGGGGUAAGCGGUGCGCCGGUGCUUCCCUUCACAGCCGCAGGUGGGGGCCCGGUGCGGCCGCCCGCAGCAGGAAGGGUGCAUUUAUAUUAUCCCUAUGAUUCCUAUAUUUAUAUUAUUCCAUAAUUGCUGCCGUUAACGCGGCGAGCGGCGGCCCCGGCCCGCUGUGGCUCGGCCGGGCCCCGCAGCGCCGGGGCCGGGCCGUGACGGGGCCGGGCAGCGCCGGGGCCACGGCGGGGCCCGGUGCGCCCGCCCGGAGCCCGGUGCGCCCGCCCGGAGCCCGGUGCGCCCGCCCGGAGCCCGGUGUGCCGUGUUUGAGGAACGCAGCGCGUGUUUUCCCCGGAGUUAUUUGGGGGAAUGAGGCUCCGGCCCUCGCUGGCCCGUCAGAUCUCAGUGCUGGGGCUCUCACCUGGAGCCGCAGCCCUGCCGCAGGUGCAGCCCGGGCCCAUCCCCUGAGCGCGUUCUCCCGGCAGCGCGGUUCUCACACACGUCACACCUGGGUUCAAAACCUUACUGCAAAUGUCCCUCACGCAGCUUUGCUGAAAGGUUAAAAUAUCUCUGUAGCACUGCCUGAGACUGAUGAUACCUUUUUUCUCUCUCUUUUUCUUUUUUUUUUUUUUUUCCUUAAAACAAAAAAGCCUAAAGCAGUGGAAAUACUUGAAAGCUUCCUACUAAUAUCAGGCCGUUUCAAUGUGGUCCUUAUUGCCUGACAUAAAGAGAAUUACCUUUAUCACUGGCUGUCUUAAAGCUACUGUAGUUCUGAUCUAUCAGUGUGAUUUUCUUUAUUUAUUUAUUUGCUUUUGGGUUUGUGUUUCAUUCUGUUUGACCAGUGAUCCUUGGCUAGUCAAGCUUUUAUUUUUUAUUUUCAUUUACUGCUGUCUCCAGUCAGUGUCCCGUUUUAGUUUGGUUGUGUGAAGGUGGUGCUGGUGUUUGGUUUGUAAUCCUGUAGGGCAGCGUGCAGGGAGGGUCAUAAAUCUGCAGCAGGGUUUGGUGGCUUUUUGUUUUUCCUUUUUCUUUUUGUGUGUGUGUGUCUCUUGUUUUACUUCCAGAGCAAUAACUUAACUUUUGUCCUUGCUCUGUUGAGCAAAAGUGAAAGUUAGAUGCUGGGUGCAAACUUCUGCAAUCAGCUACCCUUUUUAACCUUUCAUAGCUGUAGAUUCCUCAUGCGGAGGAGGCUUGGAGAAAAACCAGUCACCUUAAAGAGUGAAUUGGCAUCGAAGCUUUCUCUUCUCUGAGUAAAACAACUUAAUUAUAACAGAAAACAUUUGCUCCUGCAGUCAUCUCCACAGAAAGGCAGUUAAUUAAAGCUGUUCCUGCCGUGCUCUCCGGGCUGGAUGGGGAGCAUGACACCCUCCUGUCACUGCUGCAGAUGCUCACGGAAGGCGCUGAGGGAGCGGAGCGGGAGCGCUCUCCACACUCCUGUCCCGGCACCGUACCAGCCUAGGUUUGAAUUGCUGCCACCCUGAACCUGCCGGGCUGCGUUUGAAACCUUAACAGAAAGAUGUAAUUUCCCUUUGGCCUGGUGUGUGGCAAGAGGUGCAGGUUUAUGGAGGAGCUUCUGGAAUGUUCUAGUGCUGAACCCCCGUUAACGGCGGGGUCUGGGCCACGCCAGCCCCUAGGGGGGAAAACACAGCCCGGUUCUGUGCCUAAGUUUUAGUUGUGUGGGUUUUUCCCCCUUCCCCAGAACCUUUGCUCUUGAAGAUGGUGAGUAGCCAGCCUAAGUACGAUCUAAUUCGGGAGGUUGGUCGUGGCAGUUAUGGUGUGGUGUACGAAGCGGUCGUCAGGAGGACCUGUGCCCGCGUGGCCGUGAAAAAGAUCCGGUGCCACGCUCCCGAGAACGUGGAACUGGCUCUGCGCGAGUUCUGGGCCCUUAGCAGUAUCAAGAGCCAGCACCCCAACGUCAUUCACCUGGAGGAGUGCAUCUUGCAGAAAGAUGGCAUGGUGCAGAAGAUGGCCCAUGGCUCCAGCUCCUCCCUGUACUUGCAGCUUGUAGAAACCUCAUUAAAAGGAGAAAUAGCCUUUGACCCCAAAAGUGCUUACUACCUGUGGUUUGUGAUGGACUUCUGUGACGGGGGGGACAUGAACGAGUACCUGCUGUCCCGCAAGCCCAACCGCAGGACCAACACCAGCUUCAUGCUGCAGCUGAGCAGCGCCCUGGCCUUCCUGCACAAGAACCAGAUCAUCCACCGCGACCUCAAGCCCGACAACAUCCUCAUCUCGCGGGGCAGGGCGGGCGCCAGCGACCCCGAGCCCACGCUGAAGGUGGCCGACUUCGGGCUGAGCAAGGUGUGCUCGGCGUCGGGGCAGAACCCCGAGGAGCCGGCCAGCGUCAACAAAUGCUUCCUGUCCACCGCCUGCGGCACCGACUUCUACAUGGCCCCCGAGGUGUGGGAGGGACACUACACGGCCAAGGCCGACAUCUUCGCCCUGGGCAUCAUCAUCUGGGCCAUGCUGGAGAGGAUCACCUUCGUGGACACCGAGACCAAGAAGGAGCUGCUGGGCAGCUACGUCAGGCAGGGCACGGCCAUCGUGCCCGUGGGCGAGGCGCUGCUGGAGAACCCCAAGAUGGAGCUGCUCAUCCCCGUCAAGAAGAAGUCCAUGAACGCUCGCAUGAAGCAGCUGAUCAAGGAGAUGCUGGCGGCCAACCCGCAGGACCGGCCUGACGCCUUCGAGCUGGAGCUGAGGCUGGUCAACAUCGCCUUCAAGGACAGCAGCUGGGACACGUGAGGGGCUCAGCUGCCCGGCAGGCACAGCCCGGGCUCACCUGCAGGGGGGGUUUGCACCAGUUUCCCCACAGGGAUGCUGAGUUGGCCGCGGUGUGAGAGCCCAGAGUGAGACGUGAGGCUGCUCCUUGGUGUGCACUGGCAGGGGGAUGUUGCAAGAGCCAACACUACUUGAUUUCCAGCACUCUGUCGUGGAGUGUCUCACACAUUCCAGUUUCCUAUGUCAGUAUUAGGAACUCUCAUGGAAAAAAAAAAAAGAUUUGCAUGCUGGCAGUGCAAAUCUUGAGGCUUUGUAAUGUAAUCUGUGUAUAUAUUUAUGUAUAUGAGUGACUGGGAGCGUGUGGCACUUAAGUUAUUUGCUGUGGGUCUGGAUGAUUGGGGUCUAUAGAAAUCUGGGUGAAGAAGGGGGGUGAGAAAAACCCCUCCUUCCCCAGGCCUGAAUGGCUUUAUUAUUUAUUUUUGUUAUCUAAUUUCAAAGACUUGACUUUGUAAACAAAAAAAGCAAUGCAAGGGGAUCAGCUGCUUUCCAAGUGCUAAUGUGGCUGAUCUUAGCACUUAGAGCUUAACGAGCUCAUCACUGAGGGAGUCAAAUUAAAAAUGUACAGUCAGGUGCUGGCAGGGGGGCUGGGUCAUUGAUCAUUUGAUUUUGCUUUUAUUAAUUGAUUAAUCUGCCUUUUUUCAACAUGCUCUCUGCCCUGGUGUCCAUAAUCCUAUAGCACCUUGAGGAUUUAUCUCAGACAAUUCUGUGCCCUCAGUUUAUGGCAAUGUGGAUGAGGGAAUCCAGCAGCAUAAUCUUAAAAUCCUUCAAAAUGUGGUGGCAGCACAGUUUUCCCACUGACUGAAUCCCACUAAUAAUCCCAACAGCCAUGGCCUUUCCUCUCUGGCACUGCCCCAAAUCCAGAGGGGACAGGGGUGGCUCUGUCCCCUGCCCUCACCUGCUGUGAGAGCUGGGACAAAGCUCAGUCACAGCCAUGUGAAACGGGGCAGCCCAGGUUCAUUUUUCUUUUUUUUUCCCUCCUUUUAAAGAAGUGAUCUUUAUUUAAAAGCACAGAUGGGAGGAUGGGGGUUUGCAGCAGUUGGAAGCUGCUUAUCCCCAGCUCUGGCUGCACGAGCAGAUUGAGGCUGGGAGGUUUCACUGGGGCCACCUGACACUGCAGGGCUGACAGCAGCUCUUUGUGCCAGCACCACACUUUGUUCUUUUGGGUGCAGCACUGACCUUUCCCAUCCAGUCUGACCUUCUGGAAAAAAGCAGAGUCUCAAAAUUGCCUUUAAAGCUGCAGGAAGGGCCAGUUUUCUUUACAAAAUCCAAUUUAAUUUUUUCCCCCACCCAAAUCUUACCUGAAAAUGGCUGUAAGUAUUUCCUUGUAUAAUUUGCUUUUUGAAUACUGUUUCCUCUUAGUGCUGGGAUGGCAGUUCUGGGCACUCAGUGUUUAUUCUUGGAGUGCAAAUAAACAAAAUAUGAUUUCUUGUUUUUCCAAAAGCAAAGGAUUCAGAUUCUGCCGAACUUCUGAGGCUUUGCAGGCCACAGGUUGUUCUUACCUGGUGCUGUGUGAGCUGGUGGCUGUCACCCAGCUGGCCUUAGUUCUUAAUUCUUGUUAUUUUUUCAGUUCUUACCUUUAGGGAGUGAUCCUCAGACGAACACACUUCGCUUGUGCCAACUCUGCCUCCCAGUUCUCACAUCCCAGCAGGGUCAUAGGAUGAGAAAAACUCGAAGGGAUUUAUAAUUCAUGUUAAACUUGAGAGCUUUUUAACACUGAGGGGGUGAGCAGGAAGAAGUGACAGCCACAGCCACCCCUCCGAGGUGCCCUGAGCCACCCGGGCCCCUCUGCAGGGCACAAAUGAGGGGCUGGCACAGGGAGCUUUGGGCUGUUUGACUCCCCGAGGGUUUCUUUGCACUGAUUGCCACUUUACAGGUCGGGGGUACCUGAAAUCCCUCUCAUGGUGCUUCUCCUCGCUGUUGGGUGACACUGGUACUCCUCGAGCUCUGUGUUCUCAUUGAUUUUCUGUUGUCUGAGGUCUUUGUUUUGAGGAAAUAAAUCAAGUUGUAGCAGCUGCGGGGUCGUUCACCAGCGUGACACCAAGUCAAGACACUUUCCAGCACUUGGGAAAGAUUUUUUUUUUCCGUGUUUUUCUUUACAAACUGUAAAAUAUAUUUUAUGGAGAAUUUAUAAUGAGGAAAAUUAUUGUGUAAUUUAUUAAGUUCAUGACUGUUUUUGAAAUAAAAUCUUGAUUUUCAGUGAA